UUAUCCUUCAACCUCUCUCGCUUUUUUCCUCAGCGCAUAAGAGAGGGCUGGGUGUCGCAGCAACACACAGCGGAGCACAUUCACUUCUUCUUGCUCCAAUCAUCGGCGGACUAUGGAUGUCUUCCCCGGCAGCUAACAUCCCCGAAGCCGGAAGAGCGGCAGCACAAGUAGCAGAAGCCAACUGUGAGGAUGAUGUAACCAGAGUCGCUGCUCACUACUCAGGCCAUGGCUUUCAUGCUCCUCCUUUUAUUAAGCGUCCUCAUCGCCUCCCUCCCUUCCUGUGAUGCCCAGGUCAUCAUCGGCACAUCCUCUUCCUUUUCUCCCCUUCAUCUUCCUAAAGACUCUGAACCUCCCGAGGAGACGAAUGGAUCCCGGUCCUCUAUGACUCACAGCGGACACACUGUGCCAGCUAAGGUUACACCGCGGGAUCGGUUGACAACAACAAAUACAGUGCAGCAAGGACAAAGAAUACAACCGACUGCCUCCGCCAUGUCAACCCUUCCCUCUCAGAUACAAAGUGGUGGAACAAAUAUGAACCGACGCAGCAUCACCAGACCCAAGAUAGACCCAACUAACCUGAUUCUCAGUGAUGGUUCAGCUAAGGAAGAAUCAACCACAAAAGGCUUGUCAGCACCUGUGCUCACUUUAUCCUCCGGCGAUCUUUCCAAUAAAUCAGUGACAGCCAUCAAUCCACUUGCAGGAACAAAGGAUGUGCAGGGGCUAGGAUCAGGAAGUGCAACAUUGAUGCUUGAAAAGGAAGAAUUACUUCCUCCUGUGCCGACAUCCGAGGAUGUCAUGGCGCAUUAUAAACCACAAACACAGACUAAAAGAUCCGAGGGACAGAAUUCAUCAGCUGUGGAGACGCGUGUGUCGGCACCGACACCAAAAACUGGAUCAAAAUCCUCACAGGCUACACUUCCUGUAUUCGUAACAACAGGUGAUCCUACUGCAAAAACCCCUCCUCCGAAACCCCACUCGGGAGUUGUAGUGACUUUACACACUCUUUCCACUACCACACUCUCACAGACUCCUGCACAAGCAGUCACUAAUACAAGGAAGAACAGUUCACAUUCAUCGACAGAGAAAGCAGCUACAACAACCACAGCUAGCAUGCUUACAAAUAAACACAAUCAAACUGCACAUGUGGGAAAAAAAGGAACAAGAACGAGUGUGCAGCCAGUACCAAAAGCGACCUCGACGUUCCUGCCGACCAGCGUUGCACCGGUUACCCAAAAUCCCCAAAUCUUUGAAGAAGAACCGCAGAAGAACCGCUCCAUUUUGCUGGGUCAUCCUCAUCAAGCCCCUCACUCCACUUUCAACCCGUCCCCUUCUCCCAGCACCGACCUGUCGCUAAACGGCAGCCGCAUCUACUGGGGCGACCUGAGCAGGACUUUGGCUUUUGCUUGGGAGCUUCAUGUUUACGGCUCAGCUUGCCUUUUCCUGCUCUUGUUUGGCGGAUCCGCACUGGGACUCAUGUUGUCACCUGGGUCCAACUGUCCUCAACGGGGGGCUCUUGCUCUCGCCAAUGCGCUUUUGUUUCUGGUUGGAGGACUCAGGGCAUCUCUCUUACUGAUUGAUCCCUACGGGAUGCAGAAAACCCUUCCCCGCUCCGCAGUUGCGGCCAUUUAUAACUUGCCGCUACACUUACUGGUAUGGACCCAGGCCGCCCUGGCCCUGCUGGCCUUGAGAGUAACUGGAGUAAGAGUUUUACCUCCAACGUUGGAGCGCCCCCCCCUGGUGGCUGUGUUGGCUGUGCUGCAGUGCACUCUGCUGCUGGCAGCAGAUCUUCUCUCCCCAGCGCUGUCACCCGUGGUCCCUGUUACCCUGCAGGUUUUGUCCCUGUGCUGGGGUCUUGGUCUCUGUCUCGGAUUCCUAUUCUACGUGUUUCCGCGCAUACGUUGUCCUGCCGUUCCUCACCCUGGAAUCACCGAAGAGGCCAGGAGGAAGGCUUGGACAGGAACCAGGAGAGAAGGGGUGAUUCUGGGAAAAGUGCUGGCAGUUUGUGCUGUUUUAGGGGCGCUGUGCUGCGGGCUCCACGUUCAUGCCACCCUGUGGCUCUAUGGACUCCUCGGAGACCGGAUAAGCUUCAACUGGGAUUGGUGGCUGGUUCAUUUCUGGGCCAGACUCCUGGAGCUGGCCUGGGGGUUAUCGCUGCUACUCUUAGCUUCAUGGGUCUUCUGGAGGCCUCAGUGUUGUCAGCAAAGCCAGGAAAGUGGAGCAGGAGAGAGAAGAACAACAGGUGAGAUGCCGUCACCCGGUCAUUCUGGAGGUUCUUCUCAUCGACACACAUGCUGGUCCAAGAUAGUCCAGAGUUUGACAGGGAAGCCUUGCAGGAAGUCUGAUAGUAACGGCGUCGGAGGAGGAGGUCCAGCCGAGGUUCCUAACAAUUGGCCCGGCCAGGAACGUUCCGGAGCCGACAUCACAAAGAGUCUAAUCAGGAACCAGAACCACGAGCAAAGCAUCUCCCAGCCGCAGUGUGUCAAAGAUAGCAACCGGGUCCGAAACCACCGGGGCCACUCGGCUGAACGUGGCGUAUCUGAUGGCUCCGCGGGUUCCUUGCUGAGACUGCAGGCGAUGGGCCUGCCUCCGCAGCGCUCGGUGAGCGGAAAUCUGGACCAAGACCGGGACACCUCCCUCUCGAUGUGCGAGUUCGACUUAAGGCCCCCGUCGCCCAUUAACCUCACCCGCAGCAUUGACGAGGCGCUGCACAGAGAACACCUUCUUGAAGGUGGCAGCCUCUUUCAUCCUUUAAACUUAACCUCACAACCCCCCUACCCCGGAUCGGGGCUCAGUCCUGGGGCCUGGCUGCGCAGGAACAGUGACCCCCAGUUUUCUGAAAGCAGCGACGCCCCGACAGAGUCCUCCAUGCCUUUGGGGGGCAGCAUUCUCAGCAGCGUACCCAGCAGGCAAGUGACUGCUCCGCCCACGCCCUCCCAUCAGGGUCACAGGUGGGCUGGGAACGAGCUGGGGAACGUUCCCUCGUCAGUGUCCUGCCCCGUGUCGCUUCAUCCGUCGAGAACAUCAACAGGGCAGCUGGGGGAGAACGGCGUGGACGACACGCGACCUUUCAUCACACCGGACUCGGACCGAAGGCGGGGCGGGGCUUCGCGUAGUUACCUUGAGGUCAGCCGACACGACGACUCUGCUAGCGUGAGCAGUGAAAUUAUUGACUUAUGAAGCAAAUAUUACACAUUAAAACUCCCAUCAAAGCACAGAUAUUGGAAUAAUUAGACAGUAUGGCAACAUCCGCCAUUUUAUUUACUUUUCUUCAUUGCUCUGGGAAUUUUAUUCAUUCCUUCAUUCCUUCAUUCAUUCAUUCCAUCAUUCUAACUUUUAUGUAGUGUAAAUAUGUGCCAUAUUUAUUUGAGUUCAAUUGGCCUUCAUGUCCUAUCAAGGACACGAUGACGCUAACUAUUUUUAACAUGCUACUGCUGUCCUCUUUGCUUUAGAGCUGAUAAUAUAUUGAUAACGUAAACAAAGUUCAGACAUGCAGAUGCCAUAAAUGCCGUGCUUCCAUGCUCCAUGGUAUAUAUGUAUAUGUAUAU